AGAAUAUUAACCCCUUUCUUCGUCUCUUCUAAUUAUCCCCUUUUUGUUUUUCUCUCUCUUGUUUUGCAGUUGAAAAGUGUUGGACCGAAAUUGGUGCCAUUCUUCAAGACUGUAGCUCUAUACUUUGUGUUGUUCCAAGACAAAAACCCACCCAGCAUCUUCUGCUGCAUCUUCAAAUGCCUCCCCAUCGUCUCCCUCAUGCUCUUCGUCCUUCUGCACGGAAUGAGUUUCAGUAUUUAUUAUCGCUAUUCGCGCCGGAUCCUCAUCGGGCUCAUCUUCAGUUGCCUGGGCGACGCGUUCCUCGUGUGGAAACAGACCUACUUCAUCCACGGCAUGGUGAUGUUCGCCAUCGCGCAGGCGGCCUACGCGCGGGCCUUCGGGUGGCGCCCGUUCAACCCGUACGCUGCGACCGUCCUUGCCGUGUUCUGCGCCAUCUCGUCCUCCUACGUGGUCGCCGGGCUGGACGCCAACAGUGGCAUCCUCUACUACAUGGUCAUCGUCUACGGCGUGCUCAUCUGCACGAUGGCCUGGAGGGCCGUGGCACGCGUCCAGUUUUUCGACGACCUCUGGACGUGGACGAAGCUUUGCAGCUGCGCCGGGGCAAUCCUCUUCAUCAUCUCCGAUUUCACGAUUGCCAUUGAUAAAUUCCGCCACCCUGUGCCAUACGCUCACACGCUAAUCAUGACUACGUAUUAUGCGGCGCAGCUCCUCAUCUCGUUGUCCGUGGUCGACAGCCAAGCUGAAGAACUCCUGGUUCUCACCCAGACCAAAUACCCAACACAACAACAGCAACCACAACAACAACCAACACAGGACCACAAUGACAGCGACGACAAUAACAGCAGCAGCAGCCAAGAUAAUGACGAGAAAAUUAACGAACUUAAUCAAAGAACGCAACACCAACAACAACAAGCUGAACUGAUUAAUUAAUUAAUAAUGAUUAAUUAAUCAAUUAAUUAAUUUUGAUCAUUCUGUUAAUUAAGACAUACAGCAAGAUUGGGCCGGGCCAAAAUGAAAUAAACGACCAAAGAUAAUGAAGACCAUCAUAACGAGAUCAAACUAACGAGUUUUCACCUCCACCGCCCAAACUUGAGAUUUCAAGAAGCUGGACAGUUGCAAUGAUUAAUUAAAUCAUACACACACACACACACACACACACUCACAUACACACACAUAUAUAUACGAACAUGCAUGCACACGUAGUUGACCGACCGACCGACCAGAAGGCAGCAACAAGCAAAACAAUGAUGUCUGCCAGUUGCCGCGAUGAAACGAGAUCGGUGACGAGUUUUACCCCACAAAAUUAGCAUAACCAGUAGCUGGAUUAAUUAAAUAGAUAACUAAUUAAAACACACACAAUCGUUAAGAACUGGCCGGUCAGAAAACAAAGACAACACUUUGGCUACCACCACCAAUAACAGCUGCUACAACAACAGAAAUAGUAACAGUUGUUGUGAUGAUGUCUGAUACCUUAACGAAGAGAUGGAUAACGAACUUUGCCCAAAAUUAAUAUAACCAGUAGCCGGAAUAAUUAGGUGGUUAAUUACAUAGUUAAUACAUACAUACACCUUCUCAUGAAGAAUUUGCAGACCACAACAGCAACAGCAACAACUAUACCUGUAGCAGUGGUUGUGAUGAAACGUGUUACCUUAACGAGAUGAAUAAUGAACUUUACCUAAAAAUUGGAGUUACAAGAAGCUGUGGUGAUUAAUUAAUUUACACCCCCCCCCUCGCCGCCACCACCACCACCACCACACACAUACACAUACAAGGAAAAUACAGAAAUGAUAACUAUUAUUCGCUGCCAUGUUAACGAGAAGGAUAAUUAAUUUGUCCCAAAUUAACGAUGAGAAGUUGAGUUAUUGCUAAUUGAUUUUAAAUUUAUUUAAUUAAUGUUUAUGCAAAAGAAUUGUUUGACUGGCUGGCCAGACAAUAAAGAGAAUGGUUUAACUCUGAUUAAUGAGGAGAGAUAACGAGUUUAACCAAAAUUUGUGUUAACAAAUGCAGGACCAAUUUAAUCCAAGUGCACAUACGCACAAACACACACUGAGCAAUGACCCUGGUGAAAAAAAAAAAAAAACACAAGGAACCAAAUAAUGGAUUUACCCAAAA